AUGGACAACGGCGCAUCGGCAGCUAACGAGGAGUCGGAAACAACAGUGGAAACUGCAAGUUUCUUCGACACCAAACUCUUUCGUUGGUUCUCGCUUUUCCUUUAUCUCGGUGGUAUAAGUGGCCUUGGUAUGAUUUUAUCGAUUUAUUAUUUGUUGUUUUUUGACUCAACCAUGCCCGAUAUACAUAUAAAGUUCCCGAUAUCUAUUGAUGGCAAACCUGUGCAAAAAGUUCAAGCGUUUCCAUAA